UGGACAAGUUUGAAGCCAAAUCCUCCAAAAAUCUCUGUACAUAAAUCAAAGAAAAAAUGGCUACUCAUCACCAGCAAGAAAUCUCACGUGCAAGUGACGUGCAAUACGUAUACAGUACCGACUCAGAUGACAGCGAACUAGAAGGAGUAGACGAAGAAGAAGGAGAGGAAGAAGAUGAAGAGAAACACCAGGGUGUGCGUUUCACGUGCCGUCAUUGGAUGGGUCGGGUAUUGGACCCGAGAGCGAAGUGGAUUCAAGAAUGGAACAGAGGUUAUCUGCUAGUAUGCACAACGGGUCUUUUUGUGGACCCUCUCUUCUUUCACUCACUCUCCAUAAGCGAGUCCGGGAUGUGCCUGUUUGUGGACGGUUGGUUAGCCAUCACCGUCACUGUUCUCAGGGGUAUGACGGAUGCUUUGCACUUGUGGGACAUGUGGCUCCAGCUCAAGAUGGGGAAGAUGUCGUCGGGUGGCGCCAUCGGUGGUGGUGAUGGAGGGUCUCGUAGUGCUCGCAAGGCAGCGCUACGUUACUUGAAAGCCAAAAGAGGAUUCUUGCUUGAUCUCUUUGUUAUCCUACCUAUCCCCCAGAUAGUGUUGUGGGUGGUGCUUCCUUCACUAAUGGAGAAAGGAUCAGUAACAAUGGUGAUGACAAUGAUGUUAUUGACAUUUUUGCUGCAAUUCCUUCCAAAGAUCUACCACACAGUCUGCCUCCUUCGUCGAUCGCAAAAUGCAGCUGCUCAUGUCUUUGGUACUGUUUGGUGGGGAUUAACUCUCAAUCUUAUUGCCUAUUUUGUUGCGUCUCAUGCAGCAGGAGCAUGCUGGUACUUGUUAGGGAUACAGAGAAGUACAAAAUGCUUAAGAGAGCAGUGCAGUGUAGCAGAAGGAUGUUCAGUGAAAUUAUUGACUUGUAAAGAGCCUAUCUAUUAUGGAACAACAAAUAUGUUGACAGACAGAAAAAGAUUUUCAUGGGCAGAGAACAAGGGUGCAAGGUCUACUUGUCUUGACACAGAUCAAAACUAUGACUAUGGUGCAUAUGCUUGGACUGUUCAGCUUGUCACUAAUGAAAAUCGAUUCGAGAAAGUACUUUUUCCAAUCUUUUGGGGCCUAAUGACUCUGAGUACUUUUGGGAAUCUGGUGAGCACAACAGAAUGGUCAGAAGGGCUAUUCAACAUCAUUGUUAUAACCACUGGACUUCUUCUAGUCACCAUGUUGAUUGGAAACAUCAAGGUGUUCUUGCAAGCAACAACAUCAAAGAAACAAGCAAUGCAAUUGAGGAUGAGGAAUAUAGAGUGGUGGAUGAGGAAGAGGGAAUUGCCUCAUGGAUUCAGGCAACGAGUACGCAACUACGAACGACAACGCUGGGCUGCAAUGCGCGGUGUCGAUGAGAGUAAGAUGGUUGGUGACCUCCCUGAAGGCCUCAGGAGAGACAUCAAGUACUAUCUUUGCCUAGAUCUAGUUAGACAGGUUCCUCUUUUCCAACAUAUGGAUGAUCUGGUCCUCGAAAACAUCUGCGACCGAGUGAAAUCCUUCAUAUUCACAAAGGGAGAAACAAUAACAAGAGAGGGAGACCCAGUUCAGAGAAUGUUAUUUGUAGUGAGGGGACAUCUUCAGAGCUGCCAAGUUCUCCGAGACGGUGUGAAGAGUUGCUGCAUGUUAGGCCCUGGAAAUUUCAGUGGCGACGAGCUCUUGUCGUGGUGUUUGAGAAGACCAUUCAUUGAACGACUACCGCCAUCUACGUCCACACUAGUCACUCUCGAAGCUACAGAGGCAUUUGGACUGGAAGCUGAAGAUGUCAAGUAUGUGACACAACAUUUUAGGUACACAUUUUUGAAUGACAAGGUGAAGAGGAGUGCAAGAUAUUAUUCACCAGGAUGGAGGACUUGGGCUACUGUUGCAAUUCAGUUGGCUUGGAGGAGGUACAAGCACCGGUUAACGCUUACUUCUUUGUCGUUUAUUAGGCCGCGGAGACCACAUUCAAGGAGUUCUUCAAUGGGGGAGGACAGAGUCAGGCUUUAUACAGCCAUGUUAACCUCACCAAAGCCAAAUCAAGAUGACUUUGAUUUCUGAUAAAAUGAUCACAAGGUGUUUGUGUUAAAGUGCAUUCCGGAGGCUCUAUAUGUUCUUUAAUUUGUUGAAUUUGUAUGGAUUGAAAAGCUACAUCCACAUACAUCUUUUUGAUCUUUUAACAUCUAUGGUUGUUCUUGCCUUUCUUUUUACCGAUUCAGUGAUUCCUAUCUAUUG